GCCAUUUUACAAAUAACCGCGCAGCGUGUUUGCGUGGUAGGUUGCAUGCGAGGAGAAAGGAACAGACUUCAUACUUAAGUUCGUAAAGUUUAGUUUUUCGCUUGGUCGUUUUUUGCUGUCUUCGACGAAAUGAGUUACGGUCGGCCGCCGCCCGACGUGGAGGGCAUGACCUCGCUCAAAGUUGACAAUUUGACAUACCGCACGUCUCCAGAAACGUUGAGGCGCGUUUUCGAAAAGUACGGGCGAGUGGGAGACGUGUAUAUUCCUCGUGAUAGAUACACGAAAGAAAGCCGCGGUUUUGCCUUCGUGCGGUUUAUGGACAAGCGUGAUGCUGAGGACGCAAUGGACGCUAUGGAUGGAGCUUUGCUCGAUGGGCGCGAAUUGAGAGUGCAAAUGGCACGUUACGGGCGCCCACCAGAUUCCCAUUAUGGGCGACGAGGAGGCCCCCCGUCUCGAAGAUAUGGCGGCAGCGGCGGUGGAGGAGGAGGUGGUGGUGGCGGCGGCGGCGGCGGUGGUGGAGGUUAUGGACGCAGAAGCCGAAGCUACAGUCCACGCCGCCGUAGACGCAGCCGUUCCAGGAGCAGGAGCCGGUCCCGCUCUCGUAGCCGGUCCCGCUACAGCCGCUCAAGGUCCAGGUCCUACUCACGGUCCCGGUCCCGCUCCAAGACCCGUACACCGCGUAGGAGUAAGUCCAAAUCGGCAUCCAGAUCCCGCUCUCGGUCAAAGUCCAAGUCCCGUUCCAGAAGCCGCACUCCACCCUCCAACAAAGGCUCCAAGUCGAGGUCAAGAUCAAGAAGCCGACCCAAGUCUCCCGAAGACAACGAAACGGCUCCGUCCUGAGGAGAAGGUAGGCUUAAACAUUGGAGACUUUGUUUUACAAACUGUUUUGUGCUAACACUCCAAAAGUCUGGUUGUAUUUUUUUUGCAGAGUCAGCUGCCUUCGCCAUUCAGAAUGACAACAUUUUAAACACACAAGCGGUUGGAUUACCCAACCUAGGGGGUUUCCAUGGUCAACCAUGUUGAAACCCCAGAAUCAAUAAUUGACGAAUUGGCAGCCCAGGUAGAAAGUGAAAUACCUGAAACCCCAUCAGGUCACAUUUCACACACGUCUGCCUUUGCACUUCAAAUAAAUCUGGAAAGAAAGAAACUGUAGGGGGGGGAAAGCAUUUUUGUUUUUUGGGGGGUGAUGUGCAUGUGUGUGUGUGUAAGAGAAUGUCUGAUGUGUGUCUUGAGGUGUGCAGAUAUAUAAAUAUGGGGAUGGGGAGUUCCUGCUGGAGUAAGUAUGUGUAUGACGCACAUUUUUUUGGUUAUUUUUUUUUAUUAUUUGGGUGGAACCCCUCAUCUAAAUGUGGAAUUCUUUCCCCAAAGCUGCUGGUUCCGGUUUGCAUAAGAGGAGUGUGGGGUGCAGGUUGAGCAGUUAGUGUGAGAGCCGGCCAUUGGGGCACCCUGCUGUGAUUGGCGGUUGCUAAGGAGCAGGUCGGUGUCUUUGAGUGUUGAGGUGGUUUUGAGGUACGUUUGCAGGACAAUGGAUUCGACCCCCCCUCUCUCCCCUUGACGUCAUCACCUUCCCAGUCACUUGACAAUGUUUAUUGUUGCCAAGACUACGGCCCGGAAAAAACAAACAAACAAAAAAAAAACAGGUUUGAGUUUCACAAAGGUGUUUAGAAGGAUGCUGCAUGUAUCUUGGGUUGCAAAAGUAGUGGCUUUGAAAGUGAUCCACUAUCUUUUGAAACCUGAAAGAUGCAGCAUGCUGAAGCUAUUUAUGAAAUCUAACACACCUCUUGCAUAAAUGUACUUCCCCUUCCCCCUUACCACAUGACAUGCCUCUGUGAAACUCGCCUUGUCUCCAAGGUUUGCUGGAUCUUCUGCCAAAGGUUUAUUUCUGAAUCUUAAAAAGACGAGCAGGUUCUCUGCUCUGCAAUAAAACUGUCUUUUGGUAAGGAACGUCUUAAUGUGUACAGUCCAAAGACACAUCUCACCAUGUAGUUUGACAGUAGGUCAUGGUAUGUUCUGGAAGUUAACAGGUCUUUAAGGGUCGGCUGUCUCACUCGAACUGUUGUCUUUUCUUUCAGCAAAAUGAAAUAUGGUUGAGGACAUCCCAAAUGAUGCGAGCAAUCCGCCUUGGGUACUUUCGCCAGUCUGGAUUUCGAAUAAAAGGUUAUUGCUAAUUGGGUCUACAUGGUUUUUAAGCAAAGUUUUGUUUCUGUUGUUGAUUUUCAGUGUCCCUCACAGACUUCCUUUAUUACAUCUCUGUCUAUUGUAACUGAUGCAAAUGAUUUCUUUUAUUUUGUAACUAAGGGUGUUUUGGUCAGCCAUUUUUGUUUUGUUUUGUUUUACCUGAGCCAUUGUAUAGUUAAAUCACAUGACAAUACUUUGAGUCAAUAAAAAAACUUUUUUUAAAGUUCACAUCAUUUACCCUUCAUUUUCCUUCACCAGCUUAACAGAGCGAAGGGGGGAAAAUCGUUCAGGCUUAUGUUGUAGUAAAUAUGACUUUCAUCUUCGCAGAGACACAUAACUAACUUGGAUAAAGUAAGACUACCUAAGUUAAAAAAAAAAAAAAAAAAAUGUAGGUCAACCAGUCUCACACUUCAAGCCAAUCAAAUGUUAAUUUGUCAUCGAGUAGGUUGGAGGAGACUAAUAGCUCAUCAGCGUAUAAACACACCAUGCAAGAUCUUUGUUUGUGCAUGUAGAGGACAUGUCCACCCGUUCUUGUCCGUAUGAGUUUUCUCUGCUGUGUGAUGUUGUGCUUCUGCUCCAAGUGCCCUGACUCUAAUGUUCUCUCUUGUGUAUUUUUGUGCACUAGGCGCAGUUGCGCUGCUGUUGAGUUUUGCUGGUUAGCUGUAAAAGGUGGCGUGUUGCCGUGCUGAGUGCUUGGCUGUUUCCAGUGUUCUCCAGGUUGACCCCGUGUAACGCCUGUUAACGCCAGUGAUUUGACGGUUUUUAAAGCACACACUUUGGCUACGGCUGGUCGUCCAUGUGGUUUUGAUUUUGUAGAAUGGUAUACCGACAUCCCUGAUGUUUCAUAACUUCCCUCCCUGUCCUCUCCUCUGUUCCUCAUACCCCUCUUCCUCCACCCUCCUACUCAACUCAACUCUUUCCCCCUUUUCCUCAAAUAAAUAGAGCGCAUCUAGCCAGAUUAAUCUUCAAAUUACAUGAGCUACCAUCUUGUAUCAUGACUUCAUUAAUGUACUUGCAUUUGUGAACCAUACAUAUGGUAUAUGUAACUGCUAUAAUGAAUGCUAUUAAAAUUGUUUUGGUGUA